AGGCAUGAAAAAGCAAAGGCGAAGGCAAGCUCUCGACCAUGAUGACGAGCUAACGACCGCAUGUAAACCGACAUGAACGGUCGAAACACCAGAUCCUCCCACCUCCUCUCUCCUCCUGCCCUCGAUCUCAACCGCGAUUUUCUCUCUAUCGAAAGCCAAGAUAUUCGUGGAGGGUUCGAGUGGAAGUUAGAAAAAAAAGGGGGCAGGAGAGAGAAGGUGGGAAAGGUGGGAUUUUUUUAUCUUCUUUAUUUUUCAGGUGGUUUUCAUGAAUGAGAACGGAGACGGGGGGGUUUGUUCGGUGCGCUCAUCGUGACCGGAAGCGGAAGCGGUUGUUUCCAUGGCGGCGAGGGACCGUCGGAGAUGGGGCAGCGGCGGGGGUUCGGCGGCGGCGGCGGGGACGGCGUCUCGGUCUCGUGGAGCAGGUUCUUCUGGUGCACCAUCUUCGCCGUCCUCUCCUGCGUUCUCUUCACUGUCUUCACCUUCUCCACCCUCCGCUUCUCCGUCGGAGAAACUUUUGAACCGGUGGUCGUCCCCUCAUGGCGGAAUCCGGUGAUGAGAGCCGUCUCCGGCGACUCCGAGCCCGCUCCGUCGGUCUCGAUAAGGGAAAUGGUCAUAUUCCCCGACCAGGCCGUGAUUUUCCUCGAGUACCCUCCGUCGUCCCGGUUAUUUACGAAGGAGGACAUCCACUGCGUCUACGUAGAGGCCGCCGACUCGACCAAGCUGCGGCUCAGGCAGCCGCCGGCUGGAGUGGACGGCGAGGACUCCGGCGAGCAGAUCGUGCGGUGCCCGCUCGCCGAGAACGGGUCCUUGGUCUCUCUUGCGUUCGAGUCGAAGGAGCACGUCCCGCCGGGGCCGAGCCAUAGGUGGGACUCGCUGGUGUACGACGCCAUGAUCGACCGCGACAACACCACGGUCAUCUUCGUGAAGGGCCUCAAUCUCCGGCCCGAGAGGGUCUCCGACGCAUCGAGGUUCGAGUGCGUCUUCGGCUGGGAUUUCGGGAAGCCGAGGUUCUUGUUGCGAACCGAGGUCGAGUCGAUCGCGCAGGAGAUCGUGCGGUGUAAAACUCCCCUUAGUGUCUUGAGUAGUCCGCAGAGGAACGGCACCGCCGUCAAGGUCUCGGUCAGGGUAAAGGGCGGCCGGACGAUGCGGUCCAUAGCCCGGCCGGGCUGUCGGGCUGCGCUCAAGCCAACCGCUAGGAAGCUUCAUAACAUGUGCAUUUGCACGAUGGUGAGGAACCAGGGCCGGUUCAUCAGGGAAUGGGUCAUGUACCACGCCCGGAUCGGGGUGCAGCGCUGGUUCAUCUACGACAACAACAGCGAGGAUGACACGGACGACGUAAUCGAGUCCCUUGCCGGCUCCGAUUACAACAUCUCGAGGCACUUGUGGCCAUGGAUCAAGACGCAGGAAGCCGGGUUCGCCCAUUGCGCGAUGCGGGCACGGGACGCGUGCGAGUGGGUCGGGUUCAUCGACGUGGAUGAGUUCUUUCACUUGCCGACAGGUCUGUUCCUGGAUGACAUCCUGAGGAACGAGUCGAGGCCCAGGAACGUGGCCGAACUGAGGGUCUCAUGCCACAGUUUCGGCCCGUCGGGGCUCAAGCACGCCCCGAGGCAAGGGGUCAUGGCGGGGUACACCUGCAGGCUGGCGGCCCCAGAGCGGCACAAGAGCAUAGUCCGGCCCGAGGCGCUGAACUCCACGCUCAUCAACGUGGUGCACCAUUUCCACCUGAGGCGCGGGUUCGACUUCGCGAACGUGGACCGAGGGGCGAUGGUGAUCAACCACUACAAGUACCAGGUCUGGGAGGUGUUCAAGGAGAAGUUCUACCGGAGGGUGGCCACCUACGUCGCGGACUGGAAGGAGGAGCAGAACGUCGGGUCCAAGGACCGGGCCCCGGGCCUUGGGACCAAGGCCGUGGAGCCCCCGGACUGGCCGAGCCGGUUCUGCGAGGUCGAGGACACGGGCCUCAGGGACCGGGUGCUGCACGUCUUCGCCGACCCGCGGACGCGGCUCUUGCCGUGGCAGGAGGAGUAGGAAAAACCCUCGCAAGAAAUGGUGAUGGAGGAACCAAAGCAAAGCCCCAAGGACCCGAAGAACCCGCGGGCACAUCCGAAUCAGUCCCAAAAUGGCGCAAAGGAGGAAACUUUGUUCAGCCCCAGGCUCAAGUCGGCGGCCGCCAUGGCCGGUUGGGACGAGGAGACGCUCAUGAUCGCGAGCCUCAUUGUUGACGACACGCCAGUUCGUGAGUUCAAGCAAAAGAAGCGGUCGGAUUUGAAUUUCAAGACUCCCCCUUCAAAUUCGAGGAGGAAACGAAGGGAUCAGAGGAAGAGUCCUGCUCCGUUGCCCGCGACCAUUCUUGAUCUAGAUGAUGAAGAAACUAAAGCUACCGAGAGGAAGGAGAAUGAAACCUUAGUGAAAGAAGCGGCAAAAAACGAAGAGAAAGGCGAAAUACCCGAGCCAGGAUCGUGUGACCCGAGUCCAGCCAUUCCAUGCUUGGACCGACUCAGGGAAGAACUUUCAUGUGCAAUCUGUCUGGAAGUUUGCUUUGAACCCAGUACCACAUCUUGUGGUCAUAGUUUUUGCAAGAAAUGUCUGCGAUCCGCUGCAGACAAAUGCGGGAAGCGAUGCCCAAAGUGCAGGCAGAUAAUCAGCAACGGAAGAUCCUGCACUGUGAACACAGUCCUGUGGAACACAAUACAGCUUCUGUUCCCGAAGGAGAUCGAAACAAGGAGGGCCACCACCAAAACCAGUGAAGCAGAAACUCGAGAACCUGAAUCUCAAAAACCAGAAAGAAGAGAGAGUCGCAACCAUUUGGACAGGAGUCUUCGACCAUCAGUUGCAACAAGCAGAGACGCGUAUCCAAGGAGGAGAAGAGGAUUGCCGAGCCAGGAUGAGGAUGCCGCAUUUGCUCUGAGGUUGCAGAGAGAAGAGUUCAUGGAGGCUUUUCAGGGAAUUAAUGAGAGUUCCAGGACUUCAAUAUCCUCGGCCAGAGCAAACUUAAGAGCCAUGGCUUCCAGAGCCAUCAACAUUAGGACUAGAAGCCAGCAAAUCUAGAGACUAGCCGCUGGCUUUUCUUAUGGUUCAAGGUUUCGUCGUAGGCUUUUCUAAUUUUGUCAUGAGGUUUAUGGCAAGGAUCAUUUUGUCAUGGAGCGUAAGAUCAUUAAUUCUCCAUCGACUAAAUAAAAAUUUGUUCUGAUUCUUUCUCA